UCAGAUCAGCUGUUAUCUGAUCCAGACGAAUGUAAGCCGCUAUAUUUGUUUAACUGGUACCAUGAUGGAUCUGGCAUGUCUCACUUCCUACUGGCCGCUCAUCCGAUUCCUCCUUCCUCUGGCUAUAACCAACAUAGCCAUCGAUUUUGGGGAGCAGGCUCUGAACAGAGGGAUCGCCUCAGUAAAGGAGGACCGGGUGGAGAUGCUGGCCAGCUAUGGGCUUGCCUAUUCGCUCAUGAAGUUUUUUACCGGACCCAUGAGUGACUUUAAGAGUGUGGGUUUGGUGCUUGUCCACAGCAGGAGGGAUCGACAGAAGACUUUGCUGUGCAUGGCUGUGGCUGGUAUCAUAGCCAUGGUGUUUCACAUUCUCAUUGCUUACACAGAUCUUGGAUAUUACAUAAUCAACAAGCUUCACCACGUUGAUGAAUCGGUCGGACAAAAGACACGAAAGGCGUUCCUGUACCUUGCGGUCUUUCCCGUACUGGAUGGCAUGGCUUGGAUUCAUGCUGGCAUCCUUUUGAAGCACAAAUACAGCUUGGUGGUGGGUUCUGCUUCCAUUUUGGAUGUGGUAGCUCAGAUUAUUUUUGUUGCAAUCCUACUCCACAGCAACCUGGAAUGCGUUGAACCAUUGCUUAUUCCGAUCCUCCCUUUGUACAUGGGUGCACUGGUGCGCUUUACCAUUGUGGGAGUGGGCUACUACUGCAAAGUUUAUAGCAGCUCUCCAGAGUCCAGCAGCCAAGAUAUGGGGGGAGAUACCACAAUCAAAAAGAUGCUAAGUUUUUGGUGGCCACUGGCGCUGAUUCUGGCCACCCAGAGAAUCAGCAGACCCAUUGUCAACCUGUUCGUGUCCCGAGAUCUCAGUGGUGGCACUGCUGCAACAGAGGCUGUAGCGGUGCUCACAGCUACCUACCCGGUGGGACACAUGCCGUAUGGCUGGUUAACUGAACUACGAGCUGUCUUUCCAGCAUUUGACAAGAACAAUCCAACCAACAAGUUAAUCGAAGGUGCUGAUGUGACAAAAUCCCAUAUCAAGAGGUUUACGUUUGCCUGCUUUACUCUCUCUUUAAUGCUAUGUUUUAUAGUGUUCUGGAUCCCUGGUCUGUCAGAGACGAUCCUGGUGGACGUGAUCGGAGUAGAUGCAAAUUUUGCCCAGCUCUGCAUUGUUCCUCUUCGGAUCUUCUCGUUCUUCCCUGUGCCAGUGACCAUUCGGGCUCAUUUGACUGGUUGGUUGAUGACUCUGAAGAAGACGUUUGUGCUUGCACCUAGCUCUGUGCUGAGGAUCAUUGUACUAAUCUCUAGUCUACUUCUGCUUCCCUAUAUUGGGGUGCAUGGUGCUUCAUUAGGAGUAGGCUCUCUACUGGCUGGAUUCCUUGGUGAAGCAACAAUGGUGGCAGUGGGUGCAGGUUAUGUGUACCAUCAACGGAGAAAAAAAUCGAAUCCAGCUGCACAAGGAGACAACAUGUCCCCGAUGAGUGAGGUCACAACCACGACUCAGUUAAACGAGAUCCAAGUGAAAGGAGAGGAAGACGAUGAAGGGCAGCACGGCGAGCACAGGGCGUUAAAUUAAUAUCUGGAAACUGGAACUGAUAUUAUCAGGGAUUUUGACGAUCAGUUGAAUUAGCUUUUAUCAAAAGCAAGAUAUUGCAGGACUGCAAAAUGGAGCUUGUUUGCACAGAUAAUACCUUAUAAAAAGCACUUUUUCUACCUUUGUUUUUCUUUUGUUUUUUUUUGUGCCAAUAAACUUUUGUCAAAUUUG